UGCAGUAUACUUUUACUACAAUUGCCGAAAAGUGGUUGAAUUGUAUUUUUGGAGGGAAAUUAGUUCAGCCUAUUUGGAUAAACAUAAAUUAAAUAAGAAGCAAGGAAUAAUGGCAGACACGUCAUCAAGGCUCCUCAUUCAUCAAGUGUCGAAGAUUCAUGAAGAUGGCAUACAGAAGAGAAAUGACAACACAAACAAGCCAUCUUGUAAAGUUGUUGCAGUUAAAUGGUUCUCCUCAAUUUUCAUUGCACUCCUCUUCUUGACAUGCCUGACUCACAGCAAAAUAUCCUUGCUUGUCUUAUCAGGAGCUAUGCAUGCACAAAACCACCACGCAUUGGACAUAAAUGCGAGAUCAAGACUAUUUGUCAUGCUACAGAUAAUAUCUCUUGCUCCACACGUCAUAAAUUUCGUCCGCGGAGUCUGGUGUGGUAUCCUACGAAAGGACAGAAAAUGGCCAAAGCCACACGUGACAUUGAUUAUGACUGUAAUGAGUAUUAUCGAAUCAUUUGGACUAUGCCUGUUUAUCUUUAUUAUUCCUGGGCUCAGUAAAACCCAUCAUGUUAUAUUGUUGAUGAAUUGUGUGUUCAUUCUUCCACUCUUGGAUAAUAUACGCUGCCUCAUAGUCAACAGAAAGCAACAAAGCAACAAUCAGUCGCCGCGCAACAGAAAUGGAAUGAAAGAAUAUGUAGAAUAUGUAAUGUACGCAGGAGCUUUAAUAUCUGAAAUUGUUGGCAUAGUAUUUACAUUUAUACUUCUAUUUAAACACAUUCCUAAAAGCAAAAUGUGGAUUGCACCUAUCGGUGUAAUAUGUUUGUCAAUAGCGUGGAUACCAUCUCUCCAAAAAUACAUGGUGGAAAGGAUCAACCCAAUAUCAAAUGAGUCUCCAUAUAGCCCAAACGGGGAUGUAGAGCCUGGUCCUUCAACAUCACAACCAGGCAUUCAAAACGAAAACGAAACCUCGUCAAAUCACAUUAGACCAUUGGAUAAAGUAGAAAGUACUGCCUGGAAAAUGACAGCACUGAUGUCAUUUGUAAAACUACUAUCAACCUUUGGAUUUUCCAUGCUGAUUUACUUUAAUAACAGUUUGUCACAGUUUCCAGAUGGUCCGGACAAAGCGGAUAUAAACAGAUACAUCGACGGGUGGCGGACAAUCCAAGAUUGGAGUCAAGCGCAAAUAUAUUAUUUCUCUGCCCAUAUCACUUCAGGAUUUAUUGGUUAUAUUGUUGGUUACAUAGCAUGUACAACUUGUUCCCAGCAGAUUGGCUUCUCAUUUCCACUUGCUGCAGCAACACCUCUAUCUGUGAUCCUUCUUGCAGUUCGGAAAUCUUGUGAUGUUAUCGUCUUACUGCCAGAUACCGAGGAAAAACUGGAUUGCACCAUUAACGAUGAUAGGGGAAUAAUAAUUAUAGCAACAAUAGGCCUCGUUCUUGCUCAAGUUUUGUCAACUUGGUGGAUUUUAUACAGAAGCCAGUUAAUUGUUAUGCUGAGAGAAUAUCAGUUAUUCUGGACACCAAUGUACAACUCGGCAUUGCUUGAACACUGGAUUAUGCUAAAUAGGAGAAAUGAACUGAUAGACACAGGGAACAUACGCCUGAAACCAUUUGAAAACGCAAAGCGUUCAACAGUAUUUAUUUGUACAACGAUGUUUAGAGAGGAUGAGCUAGAGAUGAAACAGCUUUUGGAAUCAUUAAGAUCUGUUAAUGACAGAGUAUCACAGUCUAGAGGGCUUCGAUUUGAAUUUCACAUAUUCUUUGAUGGCGCUCUAAAGGCAGGAAUACCAACAGAACAUUUGCUUCAGCUGGUCGUACUAGUUGGCGAAGUAUUUAACAUAGGAGUUCAUAGCAGUACCAAGACAAUUACACCAUACGGAAUGUCUCUAAGCUGGAGGUUACCAUCAGGUGGAAGAGAUGGGACGUGUUUAACAGUUCAUCUCAAAGACAAUUCAAAGGUAAAGAGUAAAAAGAGGUGGAGCCAAGUCAUGUAUAUGUCAUAUGUUCUUGAACAAGGGAUUCAAAACGAAAAUGCUAAUUAUGACAAAGAAGAAGAAUCAUACAUUCUAACAACGGAUGCUGAUGUCAAAUUUUCACCAAAAAGUGUAGAAGCACUUCUUGAUUUAAUGACCCUCGACAAAAGUGUCGGAGCAGUAUGCGCAAGGACUCAUCCACUCGGGAGUGGUCUGCUAGUAUGGUACCAAAUAUUUGAAUAUGCAAUCGGACAUUGGUUUCAAAAAGCUUCAGAACAUGUGAUUGGAUCGGUCCUUUGCGCGCCUGGCUGUUUCAGUGUUUAUAGAUGUAAGGCGAUCAAGACUAUUCUGUCAGUGUAUGCCUCGAAUGUUGAAAAGGCAGAGGAAUUUCUUACCAAGGAUAUGGGAGAAGACCGGUGGUUUUGCACACUUAUGGUUCAAAGCGGUUGGAGGAUAGAAUACUGUGCGGCGGCUGAAAACAGCACACAUUGUCCAGAAAACUUUGACGAAUUUUUCAAACAGAGAAGACGCUGGAUUGUUUCAACUCUGGCCAACCAAUGGCUGUUGAUUCGAGAAUGGCAUUACAUAAAGCAACAUAAUCUACGGGUGUCGUUCUUUUACAAGAUAUACCAGAUCAUUUUACUGGUGUCUACACUGAUUGGACCAAGUUCCGUCAUACUAGUAGUAUCAGGAGGAUUAAAAUAUGGACAAGACUGGAAUCCAACAGCAACGGUCUCUCUGCAGGUUGUGAUAAGUGUGUGUUACGCAUUUACUUGCCUAUUUACAUCACAGACCGUUCAGUUAAUGUCUGGAAAAAUAAUUUGUGGUAUAUAUGCUAUAAUGAUGAUGAUUGCCAUCGUCGGUACAGCUGUGGAAAUUGCAACUGACAUUAAUGGACAACCAGGAGCUGAAGUCAAUUUUAUCAGCGAAGAUAUCAGGAUUUCCUCGACGAGUUUGUACUUACUCGGAAUGGCCGCUCUGUUUCUCGUUACUGCCCUGUUGCACCUAGGAGAGUUUUGGAGUAUUUUCUAUGGAUUUGUUUAUCUGCUUGGACUGCCAUCUGGAUAUUUGAUUUUGAUGAUAUACAGUAUCUGUAACAUUACCGACAGUUCCUGGGGGACAAGAGAGGCUGAGCAAAGUAUUGUCAGACCAGAAGGCAAAUCAUGGCACGACAAAUUUCUUGCAGUUUUCAAAUAUAUAUGCACAUGCUGCCUAUCUCGUAGAAUGCAAGAUAACACUCAGACUAUACAUGAAACUGGAAGUAAAGGCACUGAAGAUACUUCGAACUCAAAUAAUUCGAAAAGUGAUGGUAACAGUGACGAAACAAGCUCUAGCAAAUUACCAACAGGCGUUACAGAGGAUGGAAAGGGACCUGAUCUACGGAAGAGUUUUAGAGGUCAGACUCAAGAUGAAGAUCCCUGUGUGGAGGCAUGGUUAUCGGACAUGAAAGCGGAAGCUAAACUAUUAAAAGACAACGGGUAUGAAAAAACUUCAUUUAUCAGCGGAUUGACUAAAAGAGAAUUGAAAGACAUUGGAAUAGACAACAAGAUAAAUAGAGGAAAAAUUUUGAUGAAAAUAAAAGAACUAAAAGAUUACGAAAUACCAACAGAAGUACCGGAAAAUGUUGAAUCUUGGUUGAAACGCAUUGACCUCUAUCAAUACAAUGACAAUUUUAAAAGGAACAGUGUGAUAGCGCAACGGGAUUUGGAAAUCCUAGUCGAUUUCAAUGUCAAAGACAUUAAAGAACUCCUAGGCAUAACAAAAAUUGGACACAUCAAGCGAUUCCUAACAGCCAUAAAGAAAUUGAAAAAACCAACAAAAGCUCAACAGAAACAAGUAAACGUCCUAAAGGAAAUAAAAGACCUCACACCAGCGGAUCCUCAUACGACCAGUGACAUGAAUUCCUAUUGGGAGGCUCUCAGAAAAGGAUGUCUCAUCCCACAGUCUACAGUUUUCGAAUCAGACGAACAUUUAAAAGUAAAGCUCCGAGAAUUGCGAAACAAGUGGCUUGUGGUUUUUGCUAUGAUAAAUGUCCUAUGGUUAAUACUGAUUUCCACGCUAGCUGAUAAAGGGAAACUACUCGGCGUGUUCGGAAGUAAUCCAAUUGGUUUCUUAGUGAUAGUAGUAUACGGCUUGGUGCUCCUUAUACAGUUCUUCGCCAUGUUAAUCCACCGAAUUUCAACGUUGAUGCACUUCUUGGGGAGAAUUCCAUACAAAUGCAACAGUAACUAUAACAGUAGUUGGAUGUUUGAUGACAGCGAAAAUAGUACAUUGGACGAGACUGAGAGUAAGAAAUUUCAGGAGGAUAAACAAAAGGCAUACAAAACCUACCGCCCUUCCUCAGAACGCAACGAAAGAACACCUUUGCUCAAAUAGGAACCAUAAUUUUCAACUAACGUAUAUACAUGUUUGCAGAGGUGUAUAAAAAGGCUGUACAACAAUUUGAGAUUCGAAAAGAGAUAAACUUUCCAUCUAGUGAAAGUAACAUAAAAGUGUAAUUAUUAUACUUUUUCCGUAUGUUACAUCAAACCACCAACAAGGAACACUAAUUAUUUUCAUUAUAAUAUUUUUUUUUAUCCGUUAUUAUAUUUUUCUUCAAUAUUUUCAUGCGGCAAAACUUAUUUCGUUGGUCCACCGUGCACCUGCAUCUAUAUGCUUAAGAACAACAACCAAAAAUAAGUAAACAGCAGCACCAUUAGCACAAGAAAAUAGGUAGUAAAGUAUAAUUGUAUUCGUUAUUUUCACUACGAUAUUUGUACUCGUUAAUUCUACUGAGUGUAGGAAACGAAAUAAUGCAAAUAAUAUAAACGUGGUAAAUCUUAAAGACUUUCUUGUAAAUUCUAGAUAUUCUGCAAUGCCCCCUACCCCCAUCAGCGCCCGCUCCAGCAAAUGCUACCGACCUAGAUGUACACAUUGUAGCAGGAUAGAAGAAACUGAUGAGUUAGAAGAAACUGAUGAAUUCGUUAGUUCUUCAAAUUCUUCUUUGUACAAACUUAGAUUUAAUACAGACUGCACAUCAUCAAAUGUCAUUUAUGUCAUAACUUGUAAAAUGUGUAACAAGCAAUAUGUCGGUCAAACACAACAUGUAUGAACAGUCAUAAAUUUAACAUUAAAAAUUUCACCGAUCCUGCAUAUUAUGCUAAUGGCGUGGCUAUACAUUUCAACAGCACUGAUCAUAAUUCCGAUGACUACGGUUUUUUACCAGUUGACGUUGUUCAUAAUGAUAUGAAUACAUUAUUACGUGAAAUGUCCUGGAUUCACCGGUUAAAUACCGUGAGAAACUUCCUGGAUUCACCGUUUAUAUACCGUGCUCCCAUUUAGUAUAAACACCAGCGUAUUGAUUACUGUGUGAUACAGUCCCGAGUAAUUUUAAUGGGGUUUUAUAUACUAACACUUUCACAAUAUUCCUAUAGCUUAAUAUUGUAUUAUUUUUAAUUUAUUUUCUAAUUUCAAAAUAAUAUAAAAUACAUAUGUACAAGUUAAGAAUAUAUCUGCACUAUCUUACUUCAUUUUGAUAUUUUAUAGCCAUUUUAUUACCUCCCCUUAUUGUUGCUUCAAGGUCCCCUUUUCUACCGCCUGAAUGCAUUUUUCCUUAUAUCGUAUUUUUUUAAGUUUUAAAUUUUUUGAUUCUGUAAUUAUAUAUGUGUGAUUAUCUCUUAAAUUAAUGAUAAUUUACUAUUACAAUUAUAAGUAUUGUUAAUUCUCGCUUAUGCUUCACAUGUAUGCUUCAAACUUAGUCAUGUAGAUAUGUUGGGUUUUAUUUUUUUCUCUACUUCAUAUUGAAGACAUAUGUUUUCGAUAAAUACCCGCCUAUCAUUAUGAUCCGUAUCUAUACGUACAUUAAUACAAAUACAAUGUAU